AUGAAAGUCACCUGAGAUUUUUUUUAAGAUCUAUAACAAGCAUGAGCAAUCAUCUCAGAAUAAGAAAUUCAGUACUUCCGAACAUGUAAGGCGAAGAUGACUAACAGGAAAAACUAUGGAUGUUUACCGCAGGGAUAUCUUGGAGAGAUUUGUGCAAUUGACAGGAGCAAAACCAGAGGCUGCAAAGGAUAUUUUAUCACGUUGUAACUGGGAUUAUCAGAGAGCCCUUCAGAUGUUCACACCCAGUCGUCAGCCCUCGUCCCGACCCCCCAAUACAUACCAAUAUCCCUCUGCACCCCAGGUGCGCCAUGUGCCCAUUAUAUACGUGGGGGCGACCAACCAACCUACCAAUCAGGUGGCUAGGCCUUCCUCACAGCCUGUCAACAGUACAAAUUACAACAGCUCUGCCUACCCCACAAGCAACUCUAGUCGCAGUGGCUCAGCAAUGUGUACCAACAACGUGGACAGUAAACCUGCCAGUUUGGUGGGGGGAGGGGGCAUGGCAGCACCCCUCAGGCCAGUCCAGGUGACCAGCCAAGUCCCUCAUAUCGUCACCACCCCGACAGCCACACGCCCCACCCCCACCCAUCAGCCCAGUGCUGUGAUCAACCCAACCCGGCAAGUCUUUCCUCCUGCUGCUGUGAUGGGGCGCCCGGCAUCUGUGCUUCAGUACCAGGAGCCUGUCCGUCACAUCCCGUCCUCAAGCUUGCCCCCCCCUUACCAGGACUACGCUCCAGACCGGACUCGUGCGGUGGAGGUGCCCAUCACUCACUUCACAGCCGACAGUCGACAGCGGCCUUUUUCCCAGCCUCCACCGGCAUCAUCAGGAUUCGUUUCAAUUGCCCCAGUACAGAGCCACGGUGUCAGGAAAGCCCCUAGUCCCACGCCAUUAUCAGGAGGCUCCAGAGUGGAUGGUCCACCAUGUGAUACACCGACUCAUAAAGCUCCUUUAGUAAGAAGUAAUGCAACUGAAGCCGAUGAUGGGACAGGCAGAGUUUUGAAGAGGGGCAUUUCCAAAACUUCUGAUAAUUUACAGCUUGUCAACAAAGCUAGGGAUGAUGUUCUACAUGACAUCCGGGAAUCUGUUGAGGACCAUAUUCAGUACUUUGUGGACACACCUGAGUUGACCUUUAUACUACCAGACCUCACCGUCUACCAAGAAGACUUCCGUGGAUUCCUGGAGAAAGACCUUAUCGAAACUUCCACUUUGAUAUCCCUAGAGCAGGCGGGAUGUCUUAACUGGUGGUCAGAUGUUGGUAUCUCACAGAGAUUACACCCUAUGGCCACAACUGGGGACGGCAACUGUCUGCUUCAUGCAGCUUCACUUGCCAUGUGGGGCUUCCAUGACCGAGACCUGAUACUGAGGAAAGCCCUGUACCACUCGAUGACAAGUGGGGCAUUCCAUGGAGCUCUCUUCAGACGAUGGCGUUACCAGCAAACACAGGUCAACAAACAGACGGGACUAAUUUACUCCGAGGAAGAAUGGAAGACAGAGUGGGAUAACUUGUUGCGUUUGGCAUCAACAGAGCCACGUCGAACCCAGGAGGAAACAGCACGAGAAAAAAGCUGCUGUGAUAGUCCCAUCACUCAGGGAUCCGUCAACCAUAAACACUCACCUGUGGUCUACGAGAGUCUGGAGGAACUACAUGUGUUUGUGCUGUCCCAUGUUCUGCGUAGACCCGUGCUCGUUGUGGCUGACAAGGUACUGAGGGACACCAACGGAGAGGCUCUUGCCCCCAUUCCCUUUGGUGGGAUAUAUCUGCCACUGGGUUGUAAGCCAGAAAACUGUCACCACACCCCGUUACUGCUGACCUACGAUGCUGCCCACUUCUCAGCUCUGGUUCCCAUGAAGAAGGAAGGGUCUCCCCCGGAUGAAGGUCACAGUUUGCCUGUGGCUAUUCCCAUUGUGGAUUGCCAGUAUGACCUUUUACCUCUGCACUUUGCUGUUGACCCCGGGGAAGGAUUUGAUUGGUCAUCUGCUGACAGUGAGCAAGUGACGUCUCAUCUCGAGUUGAGCAUCAGUCAAAAGCUGGAGCUCAUUGAGAGGUAUAUGAACCUAGUCAAACUGCCCUUCCACAAAGCUGACACUGACAAUGACAGUGACCAGCGCUCCAGCGGAUCUGUGGACUCCGAUGAGAGUGCAGGCAGCGGGGGCAAGGAGAAACGCAAAGACACAAAACUGCAACAGCAGAUGCACAGUGUCAGUAAGCAGUUUGGAAGUCUCGGUAGAAGCAUGGGGAAAAAAUUCAAGAAGAAUUUCGGUAACAUCAGCAAAGCAAUGAAGGGUAAAGCUCCUGACAAGAAUGGAGGAGGAGGGAAGAAUUCUACGAUAGCCUGCGGGAUGACACAGAAUACCAAAAUGGCGGCAUGCAUUCCGAUCCUGUUUGACCAGGAGCAUGUUGUCUUAUGUGCCAAACUGUCCACUCACAGAUCCCCCAUGCAGGAGCAGCUGGUUAAAAAUUACCUGACAGAAGCGAAAAAGCGGUUUGAGGCUGAUCGGGAGCUGAAGAGGCAGAAGGGUGUGGAACUAAGGAAUCGUCUUCCCCCAGAGAAUGCUGACAGGGAACUCGGAAAAGUACCUGUGAAGUGCGUGACACCAGGCUGCAGCAUGUUCGGGACAGCAUCCUGUAGUUACCUCUGCUCAGACUGCUUCAUACGAUCUAAGAAGCAGGCCUUGGAACAGGUGGGUUCAUCAACCAGCCCAUUUGUAUACAACACAUACCCGGGGCCCCGUGCCCAAACACUCUCUGGAGACGCCAUGUACAGAAAGGAGUGUGGCAAGUCCAAGUUUUAUGCCCCAGUAGCUGUGGAAGAGAGCUUAGAACUCAGGAACCCAGAGAAAUCACAGUUAGCACCCUUGCAAGGUCAAGUCCCACCAAUAAGGCCUUUGUCCGCUGGAGCUGCAGAGACCCGCGCUAUAGCUGCAGGACAAGCGAACGUAUGCCGACCACUGUCCACUGUGAACAGAGCUCACGAGAUCAACAGCAGUCUGCCGUCAAUUAGUCGUGAAGUGGUGCGUACACCGUCACCUGACUGCCAUUACGACAAUGUUGAUUACCAGGAGAAGAAGAAGGGCUUUGAACAUCAACACUGUCUGACUCCUGGUUGCUCAUUCUAUGGCAGUGAAUCCAACAAUAACUACUGCUCCAAGUGUUUCAAGGAACAACAGAAAGCUCCCCUAGUGCCACUGGAAAUUGCAAAAACUCAGCUAUAGUCAAAACUUUUCUUGGCUGUGUUUAGAUUCGCUGUGUUGACUGUACACAUUUAUUUGGGAAUGAUAUGACUGACACAUGAGAUUCCAGGUGCAAAUAUGUACCUAUUUAGUUGUCAAAGCUGUUGAUCAUUAUUUUUCAGAAAUGCUGAUAUAUUGCACGUGUACAGCUAUUUACAUGAAAGUUCAGAUUCAUGGAUGAGUUCCUUUUUGUUUGUGUGUUCAAGAACAUGGGAUUUACCCUGUGCUUCAGGGUAAAAUUUUCUCUACUUUUGUAUAUAGGUCAUCAUAUAUAUACAUUAUAUCAGUAUAGUGAAGAUAUGUUGUCUAGUGCAAUGUGCAACACAUACACUGUGAGGUAACUUUACAUUUCCAGUCCCAAGCAAACCUGUUCACAUGCUCUGUAGAUUACAAGUACAUGUACACAAUGUAGUUAGGUUAAGUGCCAUAUCAUUUAACAUAUAUUUAAGCAUACUUUGCACCUGUACAUACAUGCCCGUAUUAAUGACGGCUUUUUAUGUAUUUAUUAUUUACAUGUACAUGUAUGCAUGUGAGGAUUGACAUUAAUGUCUUAUUGUUGUUGUAUGCUCGUCGAUUUGCAUUCACUGAAACCGCUUAAGUUGCUUUCUUGUAACAUAACACUUUCAGUUCAAGGUAUUAUGAUUUCUUUCUUUCUCUAUUUUAAUUUUUUUUUUUUUACAGCCAUUAGUCACUUUUGGUGUUACUUGGAUUAUUCCAUAUCAUAUUUAAGAAAUACAGUCAUGAUAGGUUUCUCAAGACACACGAAAGACCUUCCCCAUGAAUCCUUCACGUCUUUAAUCCACACUCAGAUUGAUGAUUAAGCCUGUCAGUUCUCUCCCCUUGAUCAGUGUUUGUUGAUCAAUGUAAAGUCUGAGACCUAGUCACCCAUGCAUUUGGAUGCAUGUAUAUUAGCCGCUCUUCUUUGUUCCAAGCUGUACAUUUACAUGAUGCUACCUCAUAGGUAUGAAGUCUCAUAAAAAUAAGAAAACUUAUUGAUGUACAUGGUGGAUCCUACUAUAGUUGCUCCAACAAAAUGGCCCUUGUGGACAUUAUGUAAUUUGAACUUAUUAUGUAAAUGUGAUCUGUUGCUGUGUUACUUUAGUAGAUGAUGAAUGGAACUGUUCUGUAUAUUGUUUACCAGCCCUUUGCAUGCUAUGCAUAGAGAUGUUUUUGUUUCUUUUACUUGUGGUGUGACAUUUUCAAACGUUAAGGCAUUGACCACUUAUUGGUUGUGACUGUCUUAGCUUUUGCUCUCAAUUGUUAUAUGAGGCUGCAUUUCAAUACAGUUGUGUGUCAAGGUACAUGUAUGUUACAUGUAAAUACAGAUUAUUUGUAAAAUACAAUGUACAUUUGAGCUAAGCCAUGUUGGAAAUUUGAUGCAACCAUCUAUAUUUGAAUUGACUCCAAUGUUACAUUUGAAUGGUAAAAGUCGAGCUUGUUGUGAAUGUGGACCUCUAUGUACAGUGGGGCUGUUUAUACGUGUCAUUAAUGCAUGGUACCUGUGUCGUAGUUUUUGCACUUACAGUGGUAAGGCUUGUUAAUGCACUAAUAUGUACAUGAAGGGGCACCUGCCAAAGUUGACUGAGAAUACACAUAUUUUGUUUGAGCCACUGUUAUUUAGAAUACAUGUUCAGCAUGCUGAUGAAAUGCCAGACAGCGUUUGGGUAUCAUUUUCAGUUACUCGUAUACGUGUAAGGCACAAGCCAUAUGGUAACUUCCAAACGGUGAAAACUACUGAUUAUGUACAUGUGCAUGUAACCCUGCUGUCUUCCAGAUAUGCAAUAAGGUACAUUGAAAUCAUUUUUGAAAAGAGAUAGUUGAAAACCUUGCUUUCAUACCAAAAGUGUAAAAUGCACUUUUUUUUAUUUUUACUACUUGUGAAUGUAAUUGUAAAAGGAUUUAACAUCUAAUUUGGUGAAAGUUGAUUUGCAAAAAAGCUGAGAGCUUAAACAAGUUAAAGCAGGUUAAAUGUAUUUCGUCCACUUCUAGUGAUGCAGUCCAGGCUACAAAUUCUUCAAUGGUAUCCAUGCACAUGUAGCCUGAUUGUGGUUGCCAGUAGUCUGCCACUGGUUAACAAGCUGUCGUUUCCCACUGGACAGGCAGUGAUUUCUCACUGGUUUCAACAGAGAGGUGCUGCCACUGGUUCGCAUGUGGUAUGCCACUGGCCAGACAGUGGUUUCCCAGCAGCUGCUCAGAGGUGUUGCCACUGGUUCACGUGUAGUAUACCAAUGGCCAGACAAUGGUUUCCCAGAAGCCAGUCAGAGGUGUUGCCACUGGUUCACGUGUAGUAUGCCACUGGCCAGACAAUGUUUUCCCAUUGGCCAGUCAGAGGCGUUGCCUCUGGUUUAUGUGUAGUGUGCCACUGGUUUGCAUUUAGUAUCCCACUGGCCAGACAAUGGUUUCCCAUUGGCCAGUCAGAGGUGUUGCUACUGGUUAAGAUGGAGUAUGCCACUGGUUAUCAUGUAGUAUCCCUCUGGCCAGACAAACGUUUCUCACUGGUCAGAGGUGUUACCACUGGUUCAUACGUGCUGUGCCACUGGCCAGUCAGUGUUUUCUUUCAGUGGAAUGGUAGUGCACUGGUUGGAGUGUGUUACAGUUGUUUGCCAGUGGAACAUACCACCAACCUACAGUGCCUAUAUACACACCUUGAGGAAUGGUAAUGGAAUGUGGUGAACCAGUACCAUGCCUUUGUCAUCAACGGUACUAUACGGCAAUGUGUUGUCUGUCCCAUAGAAUCUACACCUUGUAUUGUACACUCCAAUGUACAAUCCACUCUGUGUUUUCCUCGGGUCUAGUGAUAUUCAUGUGCAGAUAAACAAAAUAAAGGCAUUAGUGAGUAGGCUUAACAUGCAGCUACAUCACCUUGUACAUGUUACAGAAUGGCAGUCAUCCAUCAAUACCUGUGCGAAUUGAGUCUUGUUCUUCCAUCCCUCAUUAAACCACUGUCGUAUAUAGAUUGCUUGAUCUUGCCAUUUUCCUGUAGGUUCGAUGUGGUCCUGUGAAUGAGCUUGUAUAUUCUGAAUGUGUGGACCUGAAGGUGUAAGACCUGCAAUAUCGUAAAGGUGAAAGAGACUUCUUAAUGAUUUGAUCCGCUUGGAAAAUUUAUGCAGGGCGUUUUUUAAUAAUGGCGAAUAUCGCUUAGUUGGCAUUUGAAAGUGAAGCAGUUUGUCGCUGUCAAAUAUUUUCUGUAUACUUAAACAUGUCAAGGUUUUGCUGAAUUGCCUCAUAUGCACCCAUCAUGUUUUCCAGAAGAUAAGUUCGUUCACAAUGUGUAGUAAUUAAUAACAAUUUAUUGUACGGUUCACACUUUAGAUGCACUGAUCAUGUGGCCUUUGGGUUUUGCGUUUUCUCUAAUUCAUCAUGGGUGCACUCUGAGAUACAUGUAGUGUCGGUUUCAGUUUUACUUUCACAAUUGUUACCACAUUAUGGUGGACGUUUUUUACCAUGUAUUCUAUGCAGAUGUUGUUAAGACGACGAUGCACCUAACCAUCCACUUUGAUUAUUACUAACUGUUGUUCUUAGUAAAUGAAGAGAUGUAUGAUACUGUUAAUGUUGAAGCAUAUAUCAUGUUGACUUUGUACAUAACCCCUUUUUAAGAAUCCUUGUUGUGGAACUAUGUCAAUAUUGUGUAAAAUCAGGCCUCUCUGUCCUAUUUAUUUUCCGUGGCAUAUACUACAUGCUGUGCUAAUCUGUUAAUGUGAAUUUCUUUUUGGACAGUCAGUCCUGUCCAAGCAAACCAAGUGUAAUUGCUUUAUGCAUAUUGGUAAAGUGUCUUCAUCCAGCUGAGAUGUCUUUGUUUUCAAUUUUACUGAUACAUGUUUCCCAGAAUCUGAUUUCUGUUUCUUGUAAAUCUUAGCAUUUGGUAUUGGUCUUGUACGAUCUGUGGUCCAGUGAGUGCUUUGUUCUUUGAUCUUGUUAUGGUUCGCCUCCUUUGCCAGAGCAGGUAAUAUUUGAAAUACAAAUUUAAUGGGAGGGUUUUCUGUGUGCUAAUAAAACGUCUAGAUGCUGAAAUUCCUAAAACUGUAUAUCCAACCUUGUCAAGGUGAUUUCAUGCCAAAUUUCAGAUUUACAUGUAAACAUAAGCUGAAUACAUGCAAUCCUCUUUAUUGUGUAUUUCCUCGAUGAUCAAUUUACGCCUUGGCAUCCUGUUGGCUUUAGGUUGUACAUUUCCAGUCAUAAAAACAUAUGGUUCCUAGACGGCAGUGAGUUCUUUAUUCGUGUAUUCGUUAUGUGACAUUAACUAGUCAUCGCUAAAAGUAGUUGGUAAAUCCUGGAUUUUAGAGUUACAGAGGAAUUGCUACGUGAACCAAAUCUCUUAUAUAGGGAUAAGAUGAUGAUCAGGAAUGGAAUGUUAGAGGCGAAAAAGUGGCAAAGGGCGUUUCUCAAGUAGCGGUUUUGAAAUACGGAAACUGCGUUGGCACCUUGAUACCAAAAUGAAAUCUGCAAUUGUGGUUAUACGUUGGCAGUGUUUACACAUAAGUUUGUGAAACGGGCCCAAUGUGUCCAGUCUAUGAUAGAUGCUUUAGUCCAUCUUCACAUCAGUCAGCUUUUUCGAGGUUGGAAUAUAACAGUGAUAUUUUGGCUUUUCAUUUGGACUGUACAGAUAUUCAAGUUGUUUGUGACAUAUCACACUAUCAUAGCCUCUCACUACUUCCACUAAUAUGUCAAAAAAAAAACCCGUUUGUGUAAUCUUAAACCAGAAAAAUGAAAUUUGCUCUGUGCGUUUGACAUAUCAGUGAUCUGUGGCAUUUUAUUAUCAGUUCAUGCGUUCUCCCUUGACGUUGGUUCCAAGAUACCGCCAAAAUGAUUGGUUUUGAUUUGAUUCAUGGACUGCUUCUGUACUGUCGAUGUUCUCCCAGACAAAUGUAAAUAUGACUGUUGCUAUAAGUAUUCAACAUGUACAGUAUAUCUUGAAAAACUUGUGCAAUAUAAAGCUGAAAUGUUUGUGAACUAA